AUGUUAAGAGAUAAUUCAUUUGCCGUGGGGAGGCUCAAAAUAUUCGACUCACCCGUUUUGCUCGAGGUCUCAGCCUCGUCUAGGCCCUCUGAAAGAUCUGUUGUGCUAAGCAUAGGGUUUGCCACCGUUGCUGUGGCUGGUUUCGUAGUUGUUCUCCUUGCCGAGUUUCCCCUUUGCAUUGGUCUGGUAUUUGAAAACAUAGCUUUAGGUAAACCCACCUUCCAAUCUAAUCCGUACAUAAGUCACAUCUUUCCGCAUUCACUUUUUGAUUCUGGGAAAGCAGUAGACAGAUUAAAGACGAACCUCUCAGGCUUUGGGGGAGAAUGUACUUUAUCAGAUAAUGGACACAAAAUCGCCACCUGGUUGGUAAACUUGAAGUCUAUCCACAGCAUCCAUGAUAUCAAGAUAUAUUACAGAACAGAUAAUGCGCCAUGGGGACCUUCAAAUGGUUACACUGCAAGGUUUUUGGGAUUUUAUGUCUAUAUAUCGAAUACAACAAGCAGACACGAUGGUCAUUUAUGCUUUCAUGACACAAUGUAUACUAAUGCUACGAUACCAGCCGUUGUCAACAUAACUUGCCCUGUACAUGGACAAUAUGUCAUCUACUAUAACGAGAGACCACAGAUGUCACAUGCACAUGCCAGUGAAUUGUCUUCAUACGCACACACCGAAUUAUGUGAACUGGAGGUCCAUGGUAGGUAAAUCGUCGUUUCUUCCAUAAUUA